AGUGUGUGCACAGCUCUUCAGCAGUUUUGAUGUUGGGUGGAGAGGUGCAGUAACAGACGUCUCCGGUAUCCCUUAAGAGAGUCCGAGAAGAUAAGAGGUCACAAUCACCUCAUCUAGGAAACACUGACGCUCAAGCAAACUUUCUCUGGAAACUGCAGAGAGAUGAACCUCGAAAUGGCGGAAAUCUUUCCCAUGUAUGAAGACCUGAACUUCACGGAACUGAAUAACACACACUGGGAGAUAUGCCCGCCAGCGAUUGACCGCGGCACCCUCCUUCAGGCCAUGUGCACCCUCUACGUGUUCAUCUUCAUUGUGGGCCUGGCCGCCAACGCGCUGGUGGUGUGGGUGAACGUGCGUGCCGAACACCACCGCCACGAGACGCACCUGUACAUCCUGAACCUGGCCGUGGCCGACCUGUGCGUCGUGGCCACGCUGCCGGUGUGGGUGAGCUCGCUUGCCCAGGCAGGCCAUUGGCCAUUCGGACAGGCCGCCUGCAAGCUCACGCACCUGAUCUUCAGCGUCAACCUCUUCGCCAGCAUCUUCUUCCUCGCUUGCAUGAGCAUGGACCGCUACCUGUCGGUGACGCGCUUCGGCGACGCGCCCUGCCGGCGAAAGAGGCUGGUGCGUCGCCUGGUCUGUGCGGGCGCCUGGCUUCUGGCUCUGGUCGCCUCCAUGCCCGACACCUACUUCCUGCGGGCCGUGAAGAUUCCACACGCCGACGCCACCCACUGCUGUCCCAUGUAUCCGGAGGAGAGCCAGCAAGAGUGGAUGGCCUCCAUCCAGCUCAGUUUCGUGGUGCUGGGCUUCGCCGUACCUUUCCCCGUCAUCGCUGUCUCUUAUGCGCUGCUGGCCAGUGCUCUGAGCUCCUCUGCCGCCUCCCCCACCUCGUCCUCUGCCGGUGACCACGAGCGCAGUCUGAGCCGAAAGGUCAUCUUCACCUACAUCGUGGUGUUCCUGCUCUGUUGGGCCCCCUACCACGUGGUCCUGCUGAUGGACGCCCUGGUGCUGCUGGGCACCCUGCCGCUUACCUGCGCCAUGGAGAACGCGCUCUACGUGGGCAUGAACCUCACCCAGUGCCUGUCCCUGUUGCACUGCUGCGUCAACCCGGUGGUCUACAGCUUCAUCCACCGCCACUACCGCUACGACCUCAUGAAGGCAUUCAUCUUCAAGUACUCCACCAGGACGGGCAUCGCUCGCCUCAUGGACAACUCCAACGGCGUCGAGACAGAGUACUCAGCCGUGGAGAACCCCUCACAGCUGUGAGCCUACAGACUGUCCUCUUACUUGUGCCUUACUGCAUUCUUAACAAGGUGCUGCAAUGUCGCUACAAGUCAGGGUGCCUAUUUUCAGUGGAGGCGUCUUCAGCAGUAUUGAGGCUUUAGAGUUAAGACAGUGAGGCGGCAUCUCUUCACUUUAAGAAGCGUGUUCAUGCAUUCAUGCGGGAGUCAUAAACUGCUGUUACUGGUUGCCCUUGAAGAAAGGCAAAGAAAAAUCAUCACAAAUGCACUUAUUUUAAAAGCUUUUUGUAAAGAGGUUUGAUUUUUUUAUGACUUUUAAACUUCUGUUAAAAAAGAAAACGGAAAAGUUAUUUCUACGUCAAAUUAGGUGAUCAUCCUUGAUUCUUACCAGAGAAUGUUUUGUUCUCACUUGUAUUUUUGCCCAUGGGCCUUUUAGCAAAGCCACAAACUAUUUGUAAAAGCUGCCUAUUGGACUAAUCAGGAAAAAGAAAGGAAAAUGAUUUUAUCAACAUAAACUUGUUUUUUGUAUAUUGAGCAUGCAUAUGAAUGUGAUUGAGUGCUUGUUUGUUCAUGUGUGUACCAUUCAUUCACAUUUGAAAUUGUGGUUUCAAUGGAGGCUACAAUUACAUGAAAUAUACCUCUGUGAAUAUCCUGGCAUUUAUCUGUUACUUUUAGAUGUAUAUAUUUUACAUUUUCUAUGUAAUUUAAGUAUUGUAAUAUUUAUGUAUGCUUUCUAAGUGCCACGUCUUAUUGACCUUAACAUUCUCUUGAACAUAUUUUGACUUACAGCAUCAGACAAGAGAAUUGUGUCAUCUGCCACUUUGAAUUAAAAUGAAAAUACCAUAAAAAGCAA